UGGCAAGUCACAAGUGUAUGCAAAGUGUACGGGGGUAAGCAGUGCCCCCACUGCCAGUGGCCGCCAGUAACUCAGUACCUCGCUCAGUGCCCAGCAAGGAUGGCGCGCGACCGUGCGCGUGCGCAAGUCACCUGCAUCGCAACCGCAACCCUACUCCUCGCGCAAGCUGUUUUGUCCCAACGACAUCCGAUCAAAGAAGCUCUCCUGCUGCACAACGAUGCAUUCGGUAACGCGACCUUCGAGGACUGCGUGUGGAGACGGGAGAAGGAGGUCUGUCCUGAUGCGGACGUGAACCUACACCUGUAUACCGAAGCUGAUCCUGUUAAGAAUGUUGUAGAUUUAAGCAGUCAAGAUUGGUUGCGACAGAGCGGCUGGGACCCGGCUCAUGAAAACAUUCUCCUGAUACACGGAUACGCCGGGGGCGAUGAUACGCUGCCGAUUGUCGUGCUUAGAGAUGCCUACCUGCGUCGUGGUGGCUACAACGUGUUCAUGUUGGACUGGGGUGCUCUGUGUCAGCCUCCGUGCUAUGUGGCAGCGGUUCACAACCUGCGCCCUGUAGCUCGCUGUGUGGCCGAAGCCCUGGCCGCACUCCGCCGCGCCGGCCUUCGCACUGACAACCUCACCUGUGUGGGACACUCUCUGGGAGCACAUCUUUGUGGCAUCAUCGCCAACUAUCUGACGUUCAGACUUAACAGGAUUAUCGGCUUGGAUCCCGCCCGACCUCUGAUCCGCUCUGCCCCAGCGCUGCGCUUGGACCCGGGCGAUGCUCGUGCGGUGCACGUGCUGCAUACAAACGCAGGUCGCUACGGAGAGGGCGCCCGACUUGGACACGCCGACUUCUGUCUCAACGGAGGAAGGAGCCAGCCUUAUUGCGAGGAUACACCGAACGAGGCGCUUUGCAGUCACAUCUGGUCGAUCUGUUACCAAGCGGAGAGUCUGUUCCGGUCCCGAGACGCGGCCCCGUGUGGUCGAAGGUGCUCCGUGCGCGUGCCGCCCUCUAGGGCUUCAGCGUUACCCGUGCCUAUAGGACAGCCUGCACCUAUGACUGCUUCAGGUGCGUACUGUCUAGAAGACUUCGCGACGCCAUUUUGCCCGUACACCUCAGGGCUGCAGGAAGGCGACACGCGCUGUUGCCUGGACGAGCUGUACGCGGCCGCUGCGACCGCCGACCCGCCGCAGCGCAAGAGACCGCGCCCUGUCAGGCUACGCGGCCCGCGGUAUAGGCAUCAUGUUAACGAUAGCGAGUAUUAUACCAUAGUUUAAGCUUAACUGGGUAAGUAGCAGGGUCUAAGGGGGUGCAUUUGCAACAUUGUCAAAAGAAAAAAGGAAAUCAUAUUAUAUGUUUUGAAUUUUUUUUUUUUGUGAUUGAUGGACAGGUUUUGAGUGAUUUUCACUGAAAUGGACCCCACUUAUAAAACCUUUGAGCAUUAUGACCGAUCCGAGAGUCAUUGUGAAGGCCCUUAGGAGUGUGAAUGGCAAAGUAGGCCUCAAAUAAAAAUGAGAAAAACAAGAAAUUGCUCGACGUGUUUUAAAUUCCCAUAUGACUAGAUGCAAAUGCACCUCCCAGAAAGUGUGAAAGUAAUCCUUAAUAAUGUAAAAAUGUAAUUAACAUAAUACUAUGUAUAUUGAUAGGUCGAGGUCGAAGUUUUAGCUUUAAAUCUUUGUACAAAUGUUUUACGAAUUAUUUGUCGUAAUAUUUACUUUUAUUCUUGAUUGUAGUUGAAUAAAGAUUACUAUAAAAACAUAACGGCAAUACGAUAAAAGCAGUGCAAAAUAAAUGAAUAAUAAUCGAAAUUGUAUGCGCCAUUAACUAAUGCGUAAAUAAUAAAUAUUUAAUUACGAAUAAGUUUAUAAUUUUGUAUGUAUGUAUAUUAUGGAAUUAUAUUUUGUAAGUGUAAUGUGUAUAGAUUGGAGAAGUUUAGCCAAAGAAAAUCUUACCAUUUAGUAAUAUUCAAUAAAUUAUUACUUUAAAAA